AUGGCACCACCAAUCCAAGACUACAACUGCUGCUCCAGCUCCUCCUCCCCCUCCAUGUCCUCCUCCCCAGACACCCCAAUCACCCCAACAACGCCAACAAUCCGCCCGGCCUCGAAGCUCUUCAGAAUAGACAUGCACACCCACAUCAUGCCCCCAUCCCUCCCAGACCUCUCCUCCCUCACCCCACCAUCAGACAGUACCUACCAAUGGCCCUCCUUCCGCCCCGUCUCCUCCCCCGACGCCAAGCCCGGGGAGAUCGACAUGUUUGUCGGCCCAAACUUCUUCCGCCGCGUCCAAGCAAACUGCUACGACCCCGCCGUCCGCAUCAAGGAGAUGGACGCCGUAGGCGUAGACGUCCAAGUCCUCUCCACCGUCCCAGUUCUCUUCUGCUACGACGCCCCGCUAGAGCCAGCGGUUGUUCUGGCCAGGGCGUUGAAUGAUCACAUCGCGGAGAUAUGCCGGCGGUACCCUGAACGGUUCGCCGGGUUGGGGACUGUGCCAUUGCAGGAUACCACCUCCGCAGUGGAAGAGCUGAGACGGAUAAAAGGAAUGAAGGGGAUGAAGGGGAUCCAAAUCGGGACUUCGAUCACGGAGAACAUGAUGCUAGAUGAUGAGCGGCUAGAGGAGUUCUGGAAGGAGUGCGAGGAGUUGGAUGUGCCUGUUUUUGUGCACCCUUUGGGGUAUUCCCUGCCGAGGGAGAAUAAGGCCCGGUGGGGGAAAUACUGGGGGAGUUGGCUUGUUGGUAUGCCUUCUGAGACGGCGUUGGCCAUGUUGGCGGUUACGUGCUCGGGGUUGUUGGGGCGGUAUCCGAGGUUGAGGGUUUGCUUUGCUCAUGCGGGUGGGGCUUUUCCUGCUUUGAUGGGGAGGGUGCAGAAGGGGUAUGGUUGUAGGUCGGACUUGGUUGCUAUGGACUCGCCGGGGGUUUCACCGAAGGAUUAUUUUAGGGGGAAAGGAGGUGAGGAGGAGGGAGGGGUAUAUCUUGAUUCUUUGACGCAUGAUCCUGAUUUGUUGGGGUUUAUACUUGCAAAGUUGGGGCCAGGUGGGAAGGGGAGGGUUUUACUUGGGAGUGACUACCCUUUUCCGCUGGGUGAGGUGCCCAUGGCAGGAAAGAUGAUUGUUGAGGAUGAGAGUGUGGAUCAGUUCUUGAAGUGGGAGGAGAAGGCGUGGAUUCUGGGGAGAAAUGCCAUCAGGUUUUUGAAGUUGGGGAAGGAGUUUGAGAGCAGAUUCAACAGCAGGUUGCAAGAAGCUGCUGACGAGAGUUGGAAUAAGUGGAACAGUACUGUAUCGGGAGGGCUGCCUGUCAGGCCAAAGGAGAUUGCGCACAGUGGAGGGAGAGAUGGCAGACCGGUGAUGAUUCGUGAUCAGGACUGGGAGGUGUCGUCUUUUAGUAGUGAAAGUCUGUAG